UUGUAGUACUUUGUAAUCACUGUCCUCUUAUUUUGAUUUACAAUAUUACUAAUAUCCAUGUUCAUAGUUUUUGUAAUUAUUUUCAGGUUAUAAAUUAGGAUAUCGUUAGAUAUUUAUUUACUCGUAAUUUGGUGAUUGCUCGGCCUUAGAGUUUAAAUAUUUAAAACGAAGAAUAUCAUGAGUUUUCAUUAUUUGUUGAGGAUUCCUCUUAUUUUUGUUAUGGACGAACUCUUUAAAAGCAGUUUCGGGCUUCCAGAAUUGGCCGAUAUAAUGUUUCCUGUAAAUAGUACACUAAAUCAAAUUGAAAUUGGGCAGUCCACACAAUAUUAUGCAGCCUUCAUAAAAAUAAUAGUAUCAUGUCUAAGUAAGUUCAAUAAAUUGCCAAUGAAAAAUAACACUACAACUUAUCAGUUAAUUUAAUUAAAUUUUUUAUUAUUCUAGUGUUUUGUUCAUCAUUAUAUUUAUUGAUUCUACCUGCCAGGUACUUAAUUCCAGUGUACCUUUAUGUAGUUUCUAUUUGUGUUGUACUUGUUUCUUACUGGCAAAACAUGCAUACACUAGGAUUUUUAUCAGGAAAAUACAAAACCUUUAAAAUAGAAACAACAAGUGAACUCAGAACAUGGGUUGUAGAUGAAUAUAUGAUUAUUUUCAUACAAUUAUACCCUCCAUUAUACAAGUUUUUAAGUAUAAUAAUACAGUAUUGUCUAUCACUAGCAUUUAACAUUUUACAAGUUUUUACAACAGAUCAUUCAAUUCAUAAAGUAAAUAUCAAAUUUAAUUAACUUUAAACUUGAAUUAUAAAUAAUAGGUAUAUUUAAUUUUUCAGGUUUUCAGGUAUAGCUUUGUUAUUCCUCCUUUAAUUGCAUUAAUACCUAAUACGAGUAUGAUUUUAAAUACAGUAAUCAUCCUAUCAACAUUGUUGCAAUCGUUUAUUUUGCUGAAAACAUUAUUGCUAAAUAGAUUUAAUGUAACAAAUUUAAUUCGGACUGGAUAUAAUCAUGCACAAGAGUUCCUCAAUAACUUUGGAAUAUUUAACCUGGUUGAAACAGAAUGGUUUCGUCUAAAAAUCCCUAGUGUUCUUCGAAUGUUUUGGGCAAUACGAGUACUGAUACAAAUUCUAUACCUGUCAACUAAUGAAGAAAUAAAAAAUUUAACAUUUUUUGAAACUGUGAAGUAUUUGUUAAUUAAAGGAUGUAACACAUGUACAGCAGUUUUAGGAAUGACAAGCUUUAUAUCCUACUUUUGUGAUAAUAUAGGAGCAUUUUUCCAAUGGGUGCUCCUGAUUGAUGAAGUGGAUGACUUAAAUUGCGGAGUACUUAAUGCAGUAUUAUUUACUAUACUAGCUAUGCAAUCUGGACUAACAGGCUUGGAUCCAGAAAACCGCUUGAUAAAACUAUAUCAAAAUGUUCAUCUAGUUUUUAUUAGUCUACAGGAUUACAUCCAUAAAAUGGUUGAUAAAUUAUUAAUAUAUUUGAAUAGUUCUUACAAUCGUUCACUUAAUAGGCAUUCAAGAGCUCUUUUAGUUUGCGGAUGUCUUAUAGUAACGGCAGUAACUUCUUUACACUUGGUGUUGUCUUACCAUUCAGUUAGUCAUUGGUUACUAGCAGUUUCUGCUUUGAAUAUUAUAUCUCUUAUAAAAGUAUUGGUGUCGUUAACUGUCUAUUCAAUAUUAUUAAUUGAUUCCAAUAGCUCAACACAUUGGGAGAAUAUAGAUGAUAGUGUGUACUAUAUCAAAUCAUUUGGAAGUAUAUUGGAAUUCUGUUUUUACAUCUUCCUUUCUCUGAAUGAUGUUUAUAAUUGGGUUUUUGUAUCUGGUGGUGUAACCCGUGCUAUUGUGAUCUGUUCCCAAGUAUAUUACAAAGUGUAUCAAGCCAGGGAAGGAUGGAGAAUAUUCAUUAAACGCCGUAAAGCUGCGAUAAAAGUUGAAUCAUUGCCAGAUGCAACUAGUAUUCAAUUGUCUGAAUUUGAUGAUGUUUGUGCCAUAUGUUAUCAACAAAUGAGAUCAGCAAAAAUAACUAAUUGCAAUCAUUAUUUCCACAGUGAAUGUCUGCGUAAAUGGAAAUAUAUACAGGAUGAAUGCCCGUUGUGUCAUAGUUAUUACGAUAAUGCAGAAAUGUAAAAAUAUACCCAGACUCAGAAUACAAAAUCUACGUACAAGAUCAUCAAAAUAUUAUUCAUGAUGAUAAUUUAUUCUUAGUUAUUUUUGACUGAUUAGAUUUUAUCAUAAACCUUUAUUUAAUUUUUCCAUAACAACUAAAAUAUUUUGUUAAAAAAAUGUAUUUUGUAUUUUUUGCAUGUUUAUUGUAUUUCUAUGUUGCUCAAAGUUUUAUACAAUUAUCAAUAAUAAACAUAUGAUCAAUAUUCAACAUUUUGAGAAUUCAAAAUUUAAAAUAAUAGUUUAAGUGUUUUAUAAUUACUCAUU